AAAUUAACAAAAUUGUUUAGGUAUCGUUUUGUUAUGCUUGUUCAUUAAAUUCGUAGCAUUGCCAUUGACACAAUAUGAAUAAUAUGCGAGGUCCUUCAAACUUCGGACCUCCACCUAAUGGAGGCCCCAUGUUUGGUGGUGGGUUCCGUGGUCCCCCACCCGGCCCUGGAGGUUUUAUGGGACCUGAUAAUGGCCCUGGGGGUCAACCAGGCCCUAGGGGCAUGAGGGGUCCACCACCAUUUGGAGGUCAAUUUGAUAAUUUUCGCCCCCCUCUUAACCAAGGCCAGGGGAUGAUGGGUCCAGACAUGAACAUGCAUGGGAAUCACCCACCGAUGGGUCCAGGUGGUUUUGGCCCCCCUGGUAACAUGCAAGGUCCUAUGGGGCCGGGUGGUCCAAUGCAAGACCACAUGGUCCCCCCUCCCCCUCAAAAUGCCCCCAAUAUUGACCCAAACAAAGAAAUCUGGGUGGAAACACUCUCUGACGAGGGCAAGAUUUAUUACUACAAUGCAAAAACUCGACAAUCAGUUUGGAAAAAACCAUCGGAUGAAAACGUUCAAAUUAUUAAACAAAAUGAGGUUCAGUCUCUUGCCAAUCCAAAUUUCUCAGCAUUUCCAGCAAAGAAUGAACGAACACAGGGUAAUAAUAAACAAGGAAAGAGUUACAAUGAACAAAUCAAUGAUGAAAAUCAAACAGAAAGCUCAAACCAAGCAGAUAAUAAAAUGAAUGAAGAGAAAGAUGGAAAUAAUGAUGAAAGUAAGGAAGAGAAUGAAGAUGGCGAAGUCGUCAACGAACAGAUGAUGCAGAAUCCUCCAUUUGUGGGAGGAGGAGGGGAGAUCAUCAAUGGAGCUCCUAUCCGGAUGAUGGUGUCAGGAUCUGGUCCAAUGCCAGGAAUGCCAAUGCAAAGAGGAGUUGUUCCUUUAAUGAUGCCAAUGCGACCCAUGGUACCAGGUAUGAUGCCUCGAAUGGGACUUCCACCAAACAUCAUGCCGCAUCCAAUGAUGACGGGGCCUCCAGGGAUAAUUCCAUUAGGUGGGGUUGUGGAGUGGCGGGAGCACACUGCACCUGACGGCCGAGUUUAUUUCUACAACAUGCGAACCAUGGAAACAAGGUGGGAACGCCCUAAGGAGCUGGAGAUGAAUAAUGAAAUGAAUGAUGGAAAUAUAGAGGAAAAAAUGGUUACUUCUAAAGAUAAUUUUGAAGUAAAGAAAAGUGAAUUGACCGACGAACAAAAAGCGAAGCAACAACAACGACCAGUGGCAACGAAACCAGUGCCUGGCACACCAUGGUGUGUUGUAUGGACGGGAGAUGAAAAAGUUUUCUUUUUUAACCCAACGACAAAACUUUCUUUGUGGGAGAAACCGAGCGAUCUGAUUGGUCGAUUAGACGUUGACCGAAUUCUUGCCGACCCUCCUCAUAAACGAAAACUUGAAGAAGAAACCUCUGACCCCGUAACUUUAAGCCAAGAAGCAAAUUCUGACCAACCUCAGCUCAAAAAGAAGAAAACGGAUGAAGAGAAGAAGAUGACGGAAGCAGAGAAACUAGCCGAGGAAGAGCGUGCUGCUCAACCACUUGAGGUCAGAACAGAGCAGUUUCGUCAGAUGCUGCAGGAACGACAGGUGUCUGCAUUCUCAACAUGGGAAAAAGAACUUCACAAAAUUGUAUUUGAUCCACGCCACACACUCCUUAAUGCAAAGGAGAGAAAAACGGUGUUUGAUGAGUAUGUUAAAAUUCGAGCAGAAGAAGAGAGAAAAGAGAAGAAGGCAUGGUUGUUAAAAGCGAGAGAGAACUUUAAAGAGCUUGUGCAUGAAGUUAAUCCCAACAGCAAGAUGAGCUUCAGCGAGUUUGCUGCAAAGAAUUCAAAAGAUCCUCGUUUCCGAGGGAUCGACAAGAUGCGGGAGCGGGAGUCUCUCUUCAAUGAGUGUGCGCAGUCGGCUAAGAAGAAGAAAGAACAAGAAAGCAGAAGCAAAGCUGAUAAAAUUAAAAAAGACUACUUUGCUUUGAUGGAGGAAAAUAAAGUAGAGAAAUACUCACGCUGGUCUAAAGCGAAGUCUAAGCUGUCCAGUGAUGCCAGAUUUAAUGCUGUGGAAUCCUCUUACCAACGUGAACAAUGGUGGGAGGAAUAUGCACGGCAACACAGUGUUGAAGAUGAGGAAGCAGGGAGGAAGAGAAGAGCGGAGGAGAGUUUGAAGGCUCGAGCUGAAGAGGUGGAGAGAGAGAAGGCUGAGAGAACGAGAGAAAUUGACUCGGAACGACAGAAACAUCGACUUGAUGAAGCUGUGCAACAUUUUAAAGCAUUGCUGGCAGAUAUGGUGCGCAACACUGAUCUAUCUUGGUCAGAAACUCGGCGGAUUCUUCGUAAAGACGGAAGAUGGGAGCUCGCUGCUUUACUUUCCAAGGAGGACAAAGAAAAAUACUUCAUGAACCACAUUGACAACCUUCACAAGAAGAAGAGGAGCAUCUUCAAGACACUGCUGGAGGAAACUGGGAAGAUCACGGUCACUACCAAGUGGAAAGAAGCCAGGAAACUUGUCAAACAUGAUCCGAGGUUUGCAAAGUUCUCGUCAAGUGACAGGAAACGUGAAAGAGAAUUUGAAGAUUACAUUAAAGAGUUGGUAAAUGAAGCAAAGUUUGAAUUCCGUGAUUUACUACGUGAAUGUAAGCUUAUCACACACAAAACAAAAGAAAAUAUUCGUUCAAAUUCUCAGUCAAUGAAGGAAAUAAUUUCUUUUCUUGAGAACGACAAACGUUAUUUGAAUUUGGAAUCAAUCGAGCGCGAACGAGAUGAUUUGCUGAAGACUUAUAUCGAUGAUCUUCACCGUCGAGGUCCACCCCCACCACCUACGGCAACUGAGCCGAGCAGAAGGGACCAUAUAAAGUGAUCACAUGGUCUGUCAUGGUUCAAUGAGCAAAGGUUUUCCGUUCUCUUAAUGUUGAGCAUUUUAGCAAUUUUAGCAACUUGGAUGUCUGCUGAAGUUUUCAAGUUCGGAUUCUUUUUAUCCUGCAACACAAACUGAAUUGGGAAUCUGACCUGUAAAGGCUCUUGUUCACUUUGUGUAUGUCUAAUAAAACUAGUUCUACAAAACUGCAA